AUCCAUCAUGUUACAGAAAAUGGAGGACUUUAUAAAAGACCAUUUAAUGAAGCUUUUGAAGAAACACCCAUGCUGGUUGCUGUGCUCACAUAUGUGGGGUAUGGUGUCCUCACCCUCUUUGGAUAUCUUCGAGAUUUCUUGAGGCACUGGAGAAUUGAAAAAUGUCACCAUGCAACAGAAAGAGAAGAACAAAAGGACUUUGUGUCAUUGUAUCAGGAUUUUGAAAACUUCUAUACAAGGAACCUCUACAUGAGGAUAAGAGACAACUGGAAUCGACCAAUCUGUAGUGUGCCUGGAGCCAAAGUGGACAUCAUGGAGAGACAGUCUCAUGAUUAUAACUGGUCGUUCAAGUAUACAGGGAAUAUAAUUAAAGGUGUUAUAAACAUGGGUUCCUACAACUAUCUUGGAUUUGCACGGAACACUGGUGCGUGUCAAGAGGCAGCUGCCAAAGUCCUAGAGGAGUAUGGAGCUGGAGUAUGCAGCACUCGGCAGGAAAUUGGAAACCUGGACAAGCAUGAAGAACUAGAGAAGCUUGUAGCAAGGUUCUUGGGAGUAGAAGCUGCUAUGACUUACGGCAUGGGAUUUGCAACAAAUUCCAUGAACAUUCCUGCUCUUGUUGGCAAAGGUUGCCUUAUUCUAAGUGAUGAGCUGAACCACGCAUCACUGGUUCUAGGAUCCAGAUUGUCAGGAGCAACUAUUCGAAUCUUCAAACACAACAAUAUGCAAAGUUUAGAGAAACUGUUGAAAGAUGCCAUUGUCUAUGGUCAGCCACGGACACGAAGGCCCUGGAAGAAAAUUCUAAUCCUUGUGGAAGGUAUAUAUAGUAUGGAGGGGUCUAUCGUUCGCCUUCCUGAAGUGAUUGCCCUCAAGAAGAAAUACAAGGCUUACCUGUAUCUUGACGAGGCUCACAGCAUCGGGGCCCUCGGCCCUACAGGUCGAGGUGUGGUGGAGUACUUUGGCCUGGAUCCUGAGGAUGUAGACGUUAUGAUGGGAACGUUCACAAAGAGCUUCAGUGCUGCUGGAGGGUACAUUGGAGGCAAGAAGGAGCUGAUAGACUAUCUGCGCACACACUCCCACAGUGCAGUAUAUGCCACGUCCCUGUCGCCGCCUGUGGUGGAGCAGAUCAUCACCUCUAUGAAGUGCAUCAUGGGGCAGGAUGGCACCAGCUUUGGCAAAGAAUGUGUGCAGCAGUUAGCUGAAAAUACCAGGUAUUUCAGGAGACGCCUGAAGGAGAUGGGCUUCAUAAUUUAUGGAAAUGAAGAUUCUCCAGUGGUGCCUUUGAUGCUCUACAUGCCAGCCAAAAUUGGCGCCUUUGGACGGGAGAUGCUGAAGCGGAACAUGGGUGUAGUUGUAGUUGGAUUUCCUGCCACCCCAAUUAUUGAGUCCAGAGCCAGGUUUUGCUUGUCGGCAGCUCAUACCAAAGAAAUGCUCGAUACAGCUUUAAAGGAGAUAGAUGAAGUUGGGGACCUGUUGCAGCUGAAGUAUUCCCGUCAUCGAUUGGUGCCUCUAUUGGACAGACCGUUUGACGAGACUACGUAUGAAGAAACGGAAGACUGAGCCUUUAGGUGCUCCCUUAGAGGAACUCUCCCUCACCCAAGACAGUGUAUGGCCUUUCUGAGCCAGUUCCAGGAACCACACUUCUGUGGCCACCUCAUGUCAAAGGCAUUUCUUCAACUACUGAAGGUGGCCACCUGUACUCUCAAUGACAUUUUGUAAAUAAUCAACUGCUUCACAUGCGUCCUUCCCUAAAUCUUACCUUUUAAAAAAGAAGUGACUUGCUUUGUCCAUUAAAAAGCAUUUUAUUUUAUACCUAUUCUACUUGUGAAAUCCCACUGACACUACCUUAUCUGGCUAACCACAUAGGUAUUUCCCUCUCCAGCCACCUCGAGGGCUUGGACCUGUGGCUCUCCAACCCUCCUCCCCAGGAAGCAAGUGCCUUCCACUUACUUCCAUCCAGGUGUCAGAGGUGCCCAUCUUGGAGCCCUUAUUCAGCCAGUCAUGUAGUCAACUGGAGUAUUCUCCCUUCAGUCUUCAGUUCAGCCUUUGAAGAAAAAAUAGUAAGCAGCAACAGUGCCAAGCAAAUCAUGUGUAACUCCUCCUGGCCAGUGUCUCUCAGGCUUCGGUCUUAAUCCAUUUUUUCUUUUAGUCACCGGAUGAUUUCUUCCUUCACUAUCAAAUAUGUCUUCCUAUGGUCACAGUCUGAGGGUAUGCCCAAAUUUUAGGUUCUUCCCAACCUGUAAUUGUAAUACCUCCAACCUCCUACUUGAAAUAUUCAGCGUUUUAGAAGUACCAACAUCCCACCAAGGUCAGACAUCAAUGGUAAAAACUCAUCUUUGUAUAAAGCUGCUUGAUAACGAUGGGCAUUCCUUGUGAGGUGAGGAGCAGGGGCACUGGGGCAAGAAUUGAUUAUUUGCAGAAUGUCUGUGAUGGUGUUUCUGUCUCUACUUUUCAAAAAUUAUGAUAGCUUCUAGUGAUAUUUGAGUCUAGAUUAGGAUUCGAACUGCUGAAGGAAAACGUUGGUCAGUCUUCUGUGCAGAAAUGAUUUAUCAUGUUCCUAUUUCAGGAUUUGAGUUAACUUAGUCCUUUUAGAAGCUGAUGCACUGACUUCUUUCUGAAUGGUAAAUUCUUCUAUUCCUGAUUUCUUAACACAAUCUUGACCUCGAGCUAAAGUCUCCCUGUGCUUCCAUUAUGUGGGGUCCCCCCCCCCCGAGAAAUUCUGAUCACAUUUCUCCUUCCUAAACUAUAGAAUAUCCUCUAUUUGAAUUCUUUGUUCAUGCUAUAACCAGGUAAAGGAGACUUUUUCAGAGAGCUUUAUACUACUUGACCAAAGAACAUACUGAAAAUCACCACUUUGAAAUUAUUUUGUUUCUUUUGACCAAAGCUUAAGUGAAACAAACUUUUGGCUUUAUUGUACCAAGAUCAUCUUGUCUUUUAGUAGCCAUCAAGUAUUAUAGGGGAGGGUUGGGAACAGCGUGUAAGAAUGAUGUAUAAAAGUAGGUUUUCAUAUUUCUGUUUUUGAAAUUGCACCUUUUAUUGGUGAAGACCCCUAAUCCACACCCUCCUAGGCCUCUGGUCAUCAGCUGUGGAAUGUUUGUAAAAAAUACAUGUUGUGCAGGAUGUAAGCAAUAUUGUUUGUCAAAUUUUAUUUCUGUGUCCUGCAUAUAAAAGUUAUCCUUGGUCACUCUCAGCAUCUGAGAGCUUUUAAGUCCUUGACAUAUUCCAGGUUUUAUAUCACUUUUUUUAAAGGACAUAAAAGAGUGAGAAAAAGAACCAAGGAGGGAUACAGGGAUUAUAUUUAGCAUGUACAUGUUAAAGUUAAUAGGUUGAAGUCUCAAAGUAGCUAGUCCUGUAAAAUAAAAUACAUUGCUAACUUUGCCAUGUGUCUUAGCCCCCACUGUAGAAUCCCACUAGAGUACCAGGUAGCUUUGGCACUGCAGUUGCUAUUUAAUGGUAUAGAUAUAGGCUUAACAAAAGUCAAAGAUUUUGAGCAAUGAACUUACCUGCUAGUCUUUUUAACUUGCAUGAAGUCACUUCAAAUUAAAAUGUCAGUGUGGACAUUUAAACAUAUCAAUAAUUGGUGCAAAGCUAUUUGAGAAUCGUUACAAAGUUUAUUUUGAAGGGACAAAUUCCUAUGACCAUGCAGGACCUCUGAACUCUCUAGAAGAGAAAUGUCAUACAGAUAUUAUAUAUGGCCAGUUGUCUCUUAAACUGUAGUGUAAAUCUGAGUCCAGUCAUAUCAUUGGCAUCAUUAGCUAAGUUCUUAGGGAAAUGCAAGGAUGUAUGAAUAAAUCAUUGAGAAUGAGUGGAUACCUGAGGCAUAAAAAUACUGUUUAGUACAGUUUAUUUUCCAAAAUAAAAAUGGCUUUAUUCUUUUCAUGUAAUAAAAUGAUACACAUUAUAAAAUGUGUUUAGUACAGUUUAAUGUGACCUGAUCCAGGAGUCUGAUGGGAUUAAAGCAUGUAUCCGUUAAUCAUUACUGCCACACUUGAUAAUCUGAGUGAAUCGGUAGAGGUGUGACUUAUUCUCACCACAUUUCUCAUUCUUUUUACUCAACAUUGCUUUUGUUCGUUUGCAGUUUGUGAGACCGCUUUCAGCAGAGCACAUCAAUAAACACAGAGCUAGGAAACAUCAAAAUCCCAUAUGAAGAGUGGAUCAGCUGCUUCUUGGCAUUUCUCCUCCAAUCUUUAUUUUAAAAGCUUUAUCCUAGCAGUACGGGAAUUUGGGAGUACUUUUUAAAACUUUUUUCUUUGCUUCAGGUUUUUUUUAAUCCCCUUCAUAAAAAGAUUCCAGUCUGUAGAACCCUGUGCAGUGCUUGUUUGAGGAGUCCUGCAGCCUUAGUCCUUUAGUUACUGCCUUAGAUUCUCAUGAGAGGGUGAAGAUUUUAAAUGGUCAGAACUGGUUUCUUCGUACGCAGUCACAGGUGAACAAGAACAUCCUUCAUCCAUACUAAGGGCUCUGGUUUUGCCCCAUGGCCCUUUGAGAUGCUAAGGAACUUUUCCCAGUCUCUGGAAUUAUCUCUGUAAUUCCGCCCUCCUCCUCCCUUUUUCUUUAUCUUCCAGUUACUAAUUUUUAGAAUUUCAUCUCCAGAGAAAACUGAUGUAUAAUGGUCCUGUCCUUCAAGGAUCAGUAGUUGAGAGUCCUGGUUCUCUGUCCAUUCAGCCUUACAUUUCAGGAGGAGAUAGGGAGCUAUUUCAUCCCUCCUAAUUAAAAGAGCCUAUAUCUAAGUUUCUCAUGACUGAUAUGGUCUAGCUCGAUUUUCUAGUGUAUAAUACACUUUGCUUCCUAUUAGUGAAAGCCAGGAGGAAGAAUGGCUCACUUGGAAAGAUUUCCUGACUUCUCAGGGAAGGUGGAAAAAAUGUUGGACUCUGCCACUUCCUGCGUGUUCUUCUCUUCCAAAUCAGUGAAGAUGUCUGGUCCCCAGUGAUACUGAAUUGGCAUAUUAGGGUAGAAUUAAUUGCUGGUCACACCUAGGCAAUGAAGAAAGAGAAAUUGGCUAAUUCUUUUUGUGUGUGUGGAUUUGUAACAUUGUGGCAAAAGUACCUAGAAAAGACUAAAUGCAACUGUUUCCUUGUGUAAAGAAUUACUGUGACCUAAUUCCCAGGAUGCCUCUCCUGGUGUUUUCUAGGUAAACUACAAAGGGUUUAAUCUGUAUAUAUUUCCACUGCUGGUUAGAAAAAGAGGGAGAACAGUGAUUGUCCUUUUCUAGCUAUCUAUACUGAGCCAGGGAUUUAGCUCAGUGGUUUCACUGUCUGCCUUGCAAACGCAGGGGUCGGAGUUGGAUCCCUGGUACCAAAAACAAAACAUUACUCUAUACUCAUGAAGAUCAGAAUUGUUGAGCAUUUUACACAGGUAAAAUCAGCCCAAAGGGACUGACUGGAGAUGAGAAGUAGGAAAAUCAAAGAUUCUAUCUGCUUAGCCAAGAAUCUAUAAAAUUUUUUUCAAGCCCCAGAAUCUAUAGAUGUAUGGUUUUCUGCUUAACAUGGAAGCCCAGUGCCCAGCAGGCAUCUUCAUCCAUUAAGACGGUUAAAUCAAAAUACCUUUUAUGUGGAAAAAAGCAUGACCCUUCCUCUCCUCUGCUUUAUCCACAUGAAAUUUGGGCUCCAAGCCAGGUCUGGCCAGAUAUCACACAAAAGCAAUGCUAGGACUAGACGGUGACCCCUUGGCUUUACUUGUGUACAAAGUGCUAUUGUUCCUUUUGCGAUUUCCAGUGAUUUGUUUGCCAAGCCACUGUUUGCUAUAGAUUUAGUCUUCUGGGAAAGAGACAAACGGGGCUGUCAGAUCCCCUCACAGAAAUGAUUAGUCUUCUCUGGUGCGCCUGGAGAUUGCACAUCCAUGGUCCACCCUUGCAGGUUGCUUGCCGGGAGCCACGGACCAGGUUUUGUUUGUAGUAUGCAUGACAAAUGGCCUUAAGAUGUUUUUCUUUCUGGUAUGAUGAGUUGUAAUAAACUGACCCUAUGGAAUACAGUGGUUCUCAUGCUGCAGUUCCUGUGUUCUUAAUGAAGCAAAACCCAAAGCUCUGUUCUGGGAGGUUGAAUGAAAGGUUGCUGUGCUUUAUGUCUUUCAUUUCCAUCUGUGUGAAGAAGUGAAUCUUUCCAUGCACAAGGAGAUUUGAGCUCACUCUGAGUUUGCUUUUUCCAACACAGUUCCCAGGUUUCUUGUGCAAAGCUCAGUUACUUGUCCUAGGCCCAGGUGGCAAACCUUUUCGAGCCUUCAGUGAUAGUAAGCAGCCUGCUGUGGAACAUGUGCCAUAGGUUCACCACCACUGGUCUAGGCCUUCCGAGAGUGGGGGACACACCGCUGACUAGGGUGGAAUGGAACCCAUCUUCACCCUUAACAGUUUGUUACCUCGGGAUUGUUUACCCAGUACCUGGAAUUACAAAAGACUUCCUUGCCGAGGCUGCACAGAACACUGGAAAUCCAGCCUGCAUACCCAGUCUUGAUGAUCCCUCUCUGAAUAAAGGCAGCUAACAGUAAGAGAAGGGGGAAAG